GAAAAUGUUGGGCUCACCCUGAGCAACGAUGGUAACUUGAACGCAUUUGAAAGUGCCGUUACUUUAAAGCUCCCUCAGAGGCAGAAUAUUCGCCUGACCUGGGACAAAGCCAGCACCAAGGUUACUGUUGAUGGGUCCAUCCCAGUUGCCAAAAUUGACACCAUUGAAAUUAGACAUGAGGGGUCUCUGCGCAGCUUCUCCACUUCAGGCAACCUCCGCACUUCAUACCGUGGUCUAAGAAAUGUUGGAAUCUCCUGUGAACACAGUGGAGUUCUGAGACGCUUCAACUCUAAAUGCACUCUCAGACUGCCAGAGGAGCAAUCUGUUAAUGUGAACUUCAACCUCCAGAGCAAGACCUUCAACUUUGAAGCUAAACUGCCUUUCGCUGAUACCUCUGCCACCAUGUCCCAUGCUGGAGGACUUAACAAGUUUGAAACAAAACUUGGCCUUGAAGACAAGUGGAGCCUUGAAGCUGAACAUGACAGGACACAGAAGUCAGCCCUGAGGGUGAAGACUCCAGUCAACAAGUACGAGCAGAUGUCCCUUGAAGUGAGCCACACAGUUGCCUUGCCAAAAGUUGACAUCACCGCGGAACUACGCACUUCCCACCCUCGUGUUCCAUCCAUCACUGCAGAGCUUCACCACGAUGGCUUAAUUGAGAAAUUUAACUCUGAACUGAAGCUGACUACUCCAUUCACCAACAUGAACUCUCAGUCUCUGCGUGUCGAGUACGAGGGCCAGCCUCAGAAUUUUGAAGGCAAGGUCGCAGUCACCACUAGCAUUCCCAAGUAUGAAUCUGUGAUUUAUGAGGUGAAGCACCAGGGCAACUUGAGAAGCUUCAAGAGCAGUGCCUCUCUCGAGUAUGGUGACUACAAGAAGAUAGAGGGAGCCAUUAACAUGAAACUGCACAAUUUGGCACAGGCACAGGGUAGUAUCAACUUCAAGAGCCCAAUCCCGAACUUUGACGACAUGUCUCUUUCAUUCCGUAACAGAUUCAAUGCAAGGCAAAAGAGUGUAAGUCAUGCUAGCUCUGUGUCCUGGACUCAGGGUAAAAAGAUAACUGUUGAUGCCACCUACGACAACAACGCUGGCAAUCUGAAGCUCACCACUCCAUUCGAGAAUCUGAGGGAACUGGUGCUGGAUCUGACUGGCAAAUACCAGCCAUGGGACAUAAACAUGAAGGCCAAUGCUGACUACAAUGGUGACAGGUGGUUGUCUCUUGACUCCGCCUAUUCUGGAACAAACCACCACAUUGGAAGAAUGACUGUUACCACUCUGUGGGCACCACUCCGCCAGGCCUCAGUUGACUUUGAUGGCAAGUUUGACCUGACGGACAUGAGCCUGAAGACAGAGAUUCAGCACAAUGGGCGCAAAUGGGUAGAUGGAGAGAUGAUGUACAGAAAGAAUCAGAAUCGCCAUGUCGGGCGUCUUGCUCUUCGCCAACCGCACCCCAUGACUCACAAUUUUAAUGUCCUCUAUGCUCCAAGGCAGGUUGAUGGUGAUGCCACUAUUAACUGGAACACCAGAAAUCAGAAUUCCAAGAUCCAGAUGGAACUGAACGUUCAGGAUAGGAGAUACAAGAAGGAGGUUGUGUUGAAGGCUGUCCUGCCAUCCCGCACUGUUGGGUUGACCACCACCACAGAGUCUCGUAAUGGCUUGAGCCACAAAACCGAGCUUACCUGGGACCAGGCUAGGGACAGAAAAGUUGCCUUGGAGUUCAACCAAGAGGGUGACAAAUAUGACGGCAAGCUGACCACUCCAAUCCGUUCUCUGGCCAUGACGCUGGACAAAUCAAAGAGCUACAGAAGCCAAAAGGUUGAAGGUGAACUUUUGUGGGAUGCUGAUCGUGACCAAAGCAAGAAAUUGACACUGAAGGGACAGAUGAACCAACUCCCAGACGGCGCUGCCAUUAUCACUACUAUCAAACACCCUAUGCUCCGCAGGGAUAUUACCAUCAGCUCAGAAUUCCGCAGCAACGACUCUCCCAUGUACAGCGGGAAACUUGAAGUAGAAUAUGCUCCAGAGCCCAGCAAGAAACUGACCCUUUCAUCAAAGGUCGGAAACAUCGGCACCAACAAUUACACAGUAGAGCUGGAGUUCUCUCACCCCGAAAGUGGUGUAGACAUAAGCAUGGCUGCCAAUGCUGGUGACGAGAAUGGUCGCAUGACUGGAAACUUCCUCUACCGUUACCAGGACGAGAGUAUGGCUCUUCGUGGUGAGAUCAACAAGAUCCGCAAGGAAAUCCGCAGCCAGAUGGUAGGCUCUUACAGUUGGAUGACCCCGUGGCUUAUGGAGGGCAAAAUGAACACCAAGAGAGACGGUUAUUUAUUCGAGCUGAAGAAUACCUAUGAGAAGACCAGACAUGGUCACCCACACACUGUCAACACUGUGUUGGACGUUAACACUGAGGCCCCUGCAUUUGACUUGAAAUCCACUGGAUCCCAUGGCAAGAUCUAUUCUCACAUCUUCGCCAAGUACCCCAACAGCUCUGCCGUGCUGUUCAAAGCCAUGCACGACAUGGGAGAGGGACCAGUUGAUGAUGCUGAGAUCUUCAUUAACUUGAUCGGAAACCACCUUCUCCAUGAGAAGUACUACCUCCGUUUGGCCAUGAAGGAUGACAUCAAGGCUUACUUGGGAAGCGUGAGGGACUAUUAUGCUGAGAAAAGAAAACAGUACAUGCAGAGCCCCAAUACCCUCUACACUCCUGAGGUAGCCAGCUUCAAGAGAGAGAUGGAGCCUGUUUUGAGUUACCUGAAUGGAGAACUGAGUUCUUUUGAAAAUGACUUUGCCACCAUGAAGCAGGAGAUACGCAUGAUGUACCGUCGCAACGAGUUCUUCAUGAAGGAUAUGGGCGAAGCCUACACAGCCGCUGCUAGAUACAUCAGUGAAAAGAUCGACGAAAUGGAAAGGAUGUAUGAAGAGAUGAAAGUUAAGAUGACUGCCAAGAUUGAAGCCAUUGUUGCCGAGAUGGACAGAGUGAAGCGUGAGGCCAUAGAAUUUAUGUCCACUUUGAAGGUCAACGGCAUGGAAAGGUACAAUCAGCUGAUGGACGAGCUGAAGACUAAGUAUGAGGAACUCCGCACUGAAAUGAUGCAGUUCUACCAGGAACAGGCACAGAAAAUGAGAGAAAAGAUGCAGCCAUUCGUGGAGAAGUACAACGAAUAUUAUCGCCAGGCUAUGGUUAAGAUUGACGAACACAAACACGCAAUUAACCACAAGAUGGAUGAGUACAUGCAGAAGGUUCGCGCUCACCCCUACUACUCCAAAGUCUUUGACUUCCACCAGAAGAGCAUGGCCAGCAUCAGGGAUGCUAUCAACUCACGUGACUGGAUGAAACCUCUGCGUGAACUCCAUUUGAACGCCCGUCAAAUGCUGUCUGGCCUCCACCAGGUAGCAUCCAAGAACUACGAUGUUUUGUCCAACAAAUAUGCCGAGGCCAUCUACCAAGCCAGAGACAACAUUAACGCAAAGAUCGAUGAGGUUCUCUCCCAUCCACAGGUCGCUUACGCCAAAGAUAUGGCACAUCACAUGGUUGAGAAGGGCAUGGACUACUACAAAUACUACAAACUGGAGGAAAAUGUAAAACAUCACCUGCAGAGCAUCUACGACUCUGGCCGUAUGAUGGCAGAGAAACGCUGGCAGAGCUUCCUCCAUGACUACCUCCAGAUCAACAGAACCCGCAUCAUCAGAUAUGAUCCAAAAGAAUUCAUCUUGGAGUUCGAAGUUUUCAACCCAAUCCCACUGAAGGAUCUGAUGAGCAUGCCCGAGCUGAACCUGGAUGUCUACAGGGAGAGGCUUGACGCCAUGGUGAAAAAAUACACACCCAAGGAUGACAUGAACAUGUGGGACUUGUACUACACAUACAAACCAUCCUCCGAUAUUCGUGAUUGGGUACCACCUUUCAAAGCCCAUGCCAGCUUGAUUGGUAGCCAGCAUUUCAUGACAUUCGAUCAUAAGCAUUUCGAAUAUGCCGGAAAAUGCAGCUACAUCCUUGCCAGGGACUUUAUUGACGGCAACUUCACCGCCAUUGUCAACUAUGACGGUUCAAGAGAUGCUAAGAGGAAGUCCAUCACUGUCUUCAGCGACGACAAAUCCAUCGAAAUUGCACCCGAUUUCACUGUCCGUGUUGGAGCCAUUGGUGGCGAUUCCAAGAAGGAAGAACUGCCAUUUGAAUUCAAGUCCACCACCGUCCGUCGCCAGGGAGAUGUGGUUCGCAUCGAUAACUCCAACGGUGUAACCAUUAUGUGCAACUGGGCCCACGACGUCUGCAGCCUUAACAUGACCGGCUGGUACUUCGGCAAGACUGCCGGACUUUUCGGCACUUACGACAAUGAAAUGUCCAACGACUUCCUCACCUCCGAGAAGAAAAUCACCGAGAAUGCUGGUGAGUUUGCCUACAGCUGGAAAGUACAACCAAGAUGCAACAGCAGGCACAAUCUUGCAAGAACUGUCCCAGCUACUGAGGGAACCGACGAGUACAACAAGUGUGCAGCCCUCUUCAAAGAGAAAACCUACUCUCCCUACAGAUACUGCUUCAAGCAGGUCGACCCACAGCCAUACUUCGAGAUGUGCGUCAAUCACAUGAGCAGGUUGAGAACGGCUGAUGCCAUGUGCAGUGUGGCUGUAGGCUACGUGCAAGACUGCGCACGCCACGGUGUAAACCUGCGUCUGGAGUCUAGAUGCGUGCAAUGCAAGUACAACAGAAUUUCCAAGACUGAGGGAGAGACUUUCACGCUGUCCGAUAACGGUGAUGCCAAUGUCCCCAAGACCGCCGACGUCAUUUUUGUCAUUGAAGAGAAGACAUGCAACAAGGAUUUCAACUUCAAGCUGCUUACCAGAACUAUUGAAAAGGACAUGAAGGGACAAGGGCUGAAGAGCGUCAAGUUCGGUAUAGUUGGUUAUGGCGGCGCUGGCGUGCACGACAUCGAGCACCAGCACACAAUCCAGGGUGAACUCCUCGGGCACGCCCACGACAUCGCUUCCACAAGUAUGACCUUCUUGCAUGACGGAAGGAACUCUGAUGCCCUAAGAGCCGUCGAUUUUGCCGCACGUUAUCCAUUCCGCACAGGAAGCUCUAAGACAAUCAUCCUGGUCCCAUGCUCAAGCUGCAGGAAGAUGUCUGUCGACUACUCUGAUAUCCAGUCUCUGUUGGUUCCAAGCGGCAUCAAAUUCCAUGUUAUGAUGCAGCACGAAUUCCAACUGAAAUCUAACAGGCGAUCUCCAAAGACCAACUACAUUUUCGGUGUCGACGGAAAUACUGCAUUCACCAGCAAGACUUCCGACAUCCAGGGCGACAGGGCUCUCUUCAAGCAGAUCGCCAUUCCCAAAGAUCUCUGUGUGGCCUUGGCUCUCGAGACCAACGGCUCCGUCUUCAACUCUCUUAAGUUGGAACAGGGACGCUGGAGCGACAAGAAGUUGUUCGCCGACUCCGUAGCCCAGCGCGUGGCCUCCACAUCUCAGCCAUCUGAAUGCCAGGUGUGCGAGUGUAGAAAGGGCGACCAGGAAGUGGGCAUCACCGUCUGCAGAAAAUGUGGCGCUACCAGCGGGGACACCUUCAAGAUGUCCGAGAUGUUCCUUGAUAGUUACAACUUCAACAGAGACUUACAAGCCUAUCUUUCGAGAUAAACCACAAGCACAAACAUGUGACUGACCCGGAUCUGAUAUCGAACUUUUCUUUUUAACUUAUUUGGAUUUCUGACCUUUUUUCAUACGGACUACGACUUCGAAAGGAAACUUUUCCCAAAGACUAGUGUGAAAUUUCAUAGAACAUUGUGAAAUUUUUAUACAGAAAAUCUAACAUAAUUUGAAAAAAAAACUUAAAAAAAUCAUAAACCUAGUGUUUUGUAAUAAUGUUUGCAUUUGUGUUGUUUUAGAAAAGUACUACUCGUUGUUUAUGUAGUGUUUUAACGUUUUGUAUCGUGUUUACAGUAGUAUAGACUGUGUUCUGUUGAAAGCUGAGACAAGCAGAGUGCAACAACAGCAAUGCAACCAUGCAUUCCAAUAAUCUACCAGUAUCAUCAUCUGUCUGUUAAUAAAACAAAUUUGAAGCAAAUAGUGUAUCAUUUUCGCGUUGUGCAUUUGUCCUAUUUAUUGUUAAUAUUGCAAUAAACGUAUCCAAUGUUAAAUAUUA